AUGUCUGAAGAGCAGGAGAAGGUUCUCUCGUUUCAGUUGACAUACAACCCCAACUUUACAGUCAGGACACCAGAAUCGGUCAAGCACGCCACAGCAAAGCAUGAAGAACCAAAACCAAAAGCAAAAAAGGGAUUCCUCAGUCGAUUGAAAGAACUCGACCCAAAGACCUCGGCUGCCAACACUCCACUUUACUAUGAAGCCCUGACAGACGUCGCUCGCGAUGUGCAGUACUAUGCUGAGGUCGAGAUUGGGUCCAACAUGCAAAAGUUCCGACUAGACCUCGAUACUGGAAGCAGUGACCUGUGGGUGGCAGAUAUUACCUGCAGGACCCGUCGUCGCCGGUUCGUCAAGGCAAACUCGACCACAUACAAACCCGUCGCUGGCAAAUUCCAAAUCUCUUAUGGAGAUGGCUCGGCGGUGAAGGGAUUCCUCGGACAGGAUCGCGUCAACCUUGGUGGGUUGGUGAUUGAGGAUCAGGUCAUUGGAUUGGCAACAGCGCAGUCCAUGUCGUUCAGCAAUGAUGUCAUUGACGGGAUCUUGGGCUUGGGCUUUAACUCUAUCAGCAGCAUGCCUGGGACGCUGACACCCAUGGACAAUAUGAUCAAACAGAACUUAAUCCAGUCGCCUAUUUUCAGUGUUUGGCUAGGACGAAGUACUGAAGGAGGUGGAGGAGAAUAUCGAUUUGGAAGCUACGACCCGGAAAGAAUCGAUGGUGAACUGAUAUGGUGUCCUGUCACUGUCAAGAGGUACUGGCAGAUCAAGUGCGAUGGACUUUUCUUUGGAGAUGUGGAUCUCCAGCUGACCUCAGACGUGAUCGUAGACACUGAUUUCAUCGAGGCCGUCCCUCUAACAACUAUCUGGCUAUACCCAACUCCAGGCACGACACUGGUGAUCCUCCCUACAGAUGUCGCAAAGGCGAUUCACAGCCAAAUUCCCGGCUCCUACUAUGACGAUAAUAAUGGCUGGAUUGUCCCCAACACUCCUGAGGUCGCCAACUUGCCAGGAUUUCAGCUUUUGCUCAAUGGGACAAAGUUUAAUGUGAUUAUGAAGGAUCUUAUGCGAGAGGACGUGGAAGGCAAGGAGGGGUUCGUCUUCUCCGGCAUCGCCAGCAGUGAUAGGAUUACGGCGUGGAUCCUCGGAGACGUAUUCAUCAAGCAGAACUAUUGUAUUUUCGAUCUUGGUCAGGAACGUGUUGGUAUUGCAAAGUGCAAGCACCCGAUCCGCCCCCAACCGUCCGUCCUCGAGAAGAUGAAAGUGAAUGCCGUUGCUAUUAUUCCAAGCAAAGGCAAAGACGCCAAAUGCCUAAUCAUGUAG